CUUCACAGGUACAUGGAGCGGCGCUUCCAGGACACGGUCAGCACGGUGGGGGGCGCCUUCUACCUGAAGCAGUGGCGCUCCUACAACAUCUCCAUUUGGGACACGGCAGGUUGGUGAUCUUCAGCUCUGCCUGCGCAGUACAUUCACUCCGGGAACUUUUAAAGUAACACUGAUACCCAGACCCUGCCUCUAGAUCCUAAUUCAGAUGGCCUGGUGCAGCAGUUAAGCACUCGGCUGCAAACCAAAAGGGUGGCAGUUUGAACCCACCCAACUGCUCCACGGGAGAAGGACCUGGUGAUCUGUUCCUGUAAAAAUGACAUCCAAGAAAACCCUGUGGGGCCGUUCUGCUCUGGGUCGCCAUGAGUUGGAUUGCUUCCGCGGCACCUGACAGCAGCCAUCUAUCUCUGCAACUGGAGCUCUUGAUGUGGUACCUCAAGAGGAGUGGUUUGCUAAUGAAACUCCCAGAAAAGCAAGAAAGAGGGAGGGAGCAGUUCCACGGGCUGGGCUCCAUGUACUGCCGAGGAGCAGGAGCCAUUAUCCUUACCUACGACGUCAGUCACCUGCAGAGCCUGGUGGAGCUGGAGGACAGGUUCCUGGGCCUGACGGACACGGCCAACACCGACUGCCUCUUCGCCAUUGUGGGAAACAAGGUGGACCUCACCGAGGACGGGGCCGCCGAGGACCAAGAGAAGGAGGAAGGCAGCUCCGGGGGGGCCGCUGGCAGCUGUGUCUCGGCCAAGGUGCCCAAGCAGGUGAAGCUGGAAGAUGCAGUGGCACUUUACAAAAAGAUUCUGAAGUACAAAAUGCUGGAUGAGAAGGACGUGCCAGCUGCUGAGAAAAUGUGCUUUGAGACCAGUGCCAAAACUGGGUACAACGUGGACCACCUGUUCGAAACCUUGUUUGAUAUGGUUGUGCCGAUGAUUUUACGACAGAGAGCCGAGGGCCCGGUGCAGACUGUGGACAUAAGCAGUUAUAACAAGCAGCCCAAACCGAUGAAGUCUGGGUGCUGUGCCUGACUCUCAGAGGGGCUCCCUGACGUCUGGCUUGCACAUAUGGUAAGGAGCGUGGGUUGCGCGAUGGUCAGAAGGAAGCAGAGAAAAUCAGAGGAAGAUUUUAUCGAGCAAUACGUGAAGGAGAAUCUGAAUGGAAGUGACAGCUGUUCACUAAGAGGAGAUCAAUGCCAGCAGUCUCCUUAGUCUACCCUGGGUGUGUUAGGUGCUGGAGAAUCAAAUCAAUCAUCUAUUAAAGCCAGCCUGCAGAACAAGGACCUUGACCUUCUCUCCUAACCCGAUGCUCUGUGAUGGACUCGCCUGUCCUCUCAUUUCCUGGACUCCGACGUCUCUCUUCCUCCUUCGCGCAGAUGGGAACUUUGCUGCGUGUAUCUGACCUGACAAGGCACGCUCAGCCGCUGUCACGUUAUACGAUUUUUAUGUCUGAUGUUCCCAGUCAUUUCUCUUCACUGUGAUUUAUUUUGGGUCCUGCCAUUUGGUACUUGUGUUUUUAUGCGUUGCCGUGGUGAUUCUAUACAUGUUAAUUUAUACGAAAUCAGGAAUAACUGUUUUUAUAUCUGUUGCUGCAGUGUGAGCUACACACAUUAUUAAAAUGAUUUUGGGAAAAA